CAAGUUUGCAUAACGGAAAAUUUUACAGAACAACACUAAAAAAAAUCUGAUCGAUUGAGAAAUUCGCGCGCAUUUUUGACUUUGUUUGCGCGGGAAAGAGAACUUUGCAUCAUUUACAUUCCUAAUCGAUUGUUACAAAAGGCCUUUUUUUGGCAAGUAAUCUUUUGCUAAGCAUUUUAUUAUACGCUAGCGUGUCGCAUCAUAUUAUUGUUUGGUCGAAUACGAUCAGCGUUAUCGGGUCGCGAUUGAAAUCGUCUGUAUGAUUUACCGUAACAUACCUAGUUGUCCACAUCAUAAAAAUCUGUGACAGCUAAAAAGGUUAAGAGAGUGGAAGCGGUAACUCGAUAUUAUUAUCGAAAAUAGAAAACGUCAGUAUGAAAAUAAUUGGUGGAAUCGAUGAUAUUAUAAAAAGAGAUGAAGAUUAUUUAAUUAAAUACAAAACGGGAGAAACGGGGAAAGUAUAUAUUAUAAAUAGUCACGUUUUCAGAUAUUAUAUGUCACCUAAUGGAGAAUUUAUCGACUAUCCAAUACCAAACAAUUCAGAUGAUAUUGCAAAAAUCACUGUUAAAGAUAUCUCCGAUUACGACAAAGAUUCGUUUAAGAAAUCCUCUUUGAAAGUCGUUGAUAAAUAUUAUGAAAUAGAAUUAAAUAAAGUUCAAAUACAUUUUGAUAAGAUAAAUGGAAAAAUGAGUGUGCUUGAUAAAAGAACAAACAAAGAGGUAUUAAAGGAAUCUAGUCCUUUGUCUUAUGAUGACAAUGUAACAGUACAGGAAGUAUAUCAAAAGAAAGACGAGUAUUUCUUCGGAGGCGGGAUGCAAAAUGGACGUUUUACGCACAAAGGAAAUGUAAUACACAUAGUUAAUACAAAUAACUGGGUAGAUGGAGGAGUUACUUCUCCUUGUCCAUUUUACUGGUCAUCUUACGGAUAUGGCGUUUUAAGACAUACUUGGCAACCCGGCGUCUACGACUUUGGAUCUGAAACUCCUGAUUCUAUUAAAACUACCCAUAAAACUGAUCAUUUUGACGCAUUUUACUUUAUUAACUCCGAACCAUGUGAUAUACUUGGCGAUUAUUACGAAUUAACGGGCAUGCCGAUCUUUAUGCCAGAAUAUGCAUUUUAUGAGGCGCAUUUGAACGCUUUCAAUAGAGAUUAUUGGGUAAAAACAACACCAGAAACGCCUGGUGCAAUAUUAUUCGAAGAUGGAAAUUACUACAAAAGCUAUAAACCUAAUGAAAUGGGAGAUAAAAAAGGAAUACUGGAAUCAUUGAAUGGAGAAAAGAACAAUUAUCAAUUUUCAGCACGCGCAAUGAUCGAUCGUUAUAGAAGACAUGAUAUGCCUUUAGGUUGGUUCAUACCAAACGAUGGUUACGGAUCAGGGUACGGGCAAACAGAUUCUUUAGACGGAGAUAUAGAGAAUUUAAAAAAGUUCGUCGAUUAUGCCAGAGAAAAAGGCGUUGAAGUAGCUCUUUGGACUGAAUCUAACUUACACCCAUCUGAUCCUUUACAUCCCAAAAAAGGGGAAAGAGAUUUAGGCAAGGAACUGAGUGUAGCGAAAGUAGUUGCUUUAAAAUGCGACGUUGCUUGGAUAGGAUAUGGCUACUCGUUCGGAUUGAAUGCAGUCGAUGAUGUUACUAAGAUAUUUGUAUCGAAAACCAGCGUACGACCGAUGAUUAUAAUGGUAGACGGGUGGGCGGGUACACAACGCUACUCUGGUAUUUGGAGUGGUGAUCAAACUGGCGGUCAAUGGGAAUACAUACGAUUCCAUAUACCGACUUAUAUAGGAUCUGGACUCUCUGGUCAACCGUUAAUAGGAUCCGAUAUGGAUGGGAUAUACGGUGGCAAAGAAAGAGAUGUGAAUAUUCGCGACUAUCAAUGGAAGACUUUUACACCCUUGCAAUUAAACAUGGACGGAUGGGGACGCAUUCCAAAGACACCAUUUAGCUUCGAUGACGAAGCUAUCAGUAUAAACAGAGCGUAUUUAAAACUAAAAUCAAUGCUUUUGCCUUAUAACUAUACGAUUGGUCACGAAUCGAUUAGAGGCUUGCCAAUGAUAAGAGCGAUGUUUCUAGAAUUUCCUAAUGAAAGCCUUGCUUUUACCAAAGACUGUCAAUAUCAGUUUAUGUGGGGACCAAAUAUCUUGGUAGCCCCGAUUUAUGAAGAAGGUUUCAAUCGUGAUGGUAUUUACCUGCCUGAUAAAAAUCAAAUAUGGAUAGAUUUCUUUACUGGCGAAAAAAUACAAGGCGGGAAAAUCAUUAACAAUUUCGAUACACCUAUAUGGAAAAUCCCAGUGUUUAUAAAAGAUGGAGCUAUAAUACCAAUGACAAUGCCAAAUAAUAACCCUAAAGAAAUAGAUAGAAGUACGAGAAUUUUCACCAUAUAUCCAAAUAAAGAUUCAAAGUUUAAUGUUUACGAAGACGAUGGAAUAUCGAGUGAAUAUUUAAAGGGCCAAUUUGCUACAACUGAAAUUACUGUUAACGGACCCGCGUCAAACGAACUAGGGGAUCUUCUAAUAAGCGUAGAAAAGACAAAAGGUGAUUAUGAGAAUAUGAUGAAAGAAAGAACGACAGUUCUUCAGAUAAUGGCUUCACAAGACGUUGAACAUGUAAAAUUAGCAAUUAAUGGCCAACCUCUCAUUAUAUCAAAAGCACCAAGCUUCGAUGAAUUCCAAAAAUCCAUAAAUGCCUUUUUCUUUAAAGAAGAUUUUGAUAUUAAUCCAUACUUGACUAAAUUUAAUACCAUACCACAAGCAGUUUUGUUAAUAAAAAUCGGCAAUUUGGAUGUAACAUCCCACCAUAUACAGAUAAAAGUGAAAGAUUAUGCCAGCAUUAGUAAAGUGUUGGGUGAAAAUUUAAACAUAAAUAAUGAUUUAUCUACACCUGGUAAUUUUGAAGUAAAUAAAACAGCACCAAGUAUUAUAACCUUACAAUGGUCGGGAAUAGAUACAGCAUAUUACGAAAUAGAAAAAGAUGGAAUUCUAUAUAGCAAUAUAAGAAAAACAAAAUUUACGUUCCAAGAUUUAAAGUACAACACAGAGUAUAUAUUCAGAAUUCGUGCCAUAAACGAUUAUGGCGUAUCGGAGUUUAGUGAUUUUAUUAAAGUGACAACCUUAGACGAUCCAUACAAAAACGUUAUUAAAGGAGUCAAAGUGAAAUGUAACAUUCCUUGUCAACCUUGUCAGGAAAUAUGCAAUCUAACUGAUGGUGCUUUAACUUCACUAUGGCACACACAUUGGCACAAACCUAUACAGAAGUGCAAUUUAAAAGAUUUAAAAUUGAAUUUUGAUUUAGGAAAUGUUCAUCAUUUUACAAAGCCCUUAGCAUUGGAACAUAAUGCGGCUAUUAAAACUAUAGAUCUGCAAGGAGUUAAACUGAGACAUUUUGAACUAAUAAUACUAGACAGUGUCGGAGGUUUUGGAUCUGGAAAACAAAUAAGAUUCUAUAAAAAAAUAUAGAAUGAAAAUAUACAGUAAAUUAAAUAAAUAAAAAAAAA